AUGGAUCGAGGUAUUGAAAAUGUAAAUGACCAAAAAACACUUGAGUUGAAGCUUUUGACUGAUCCCAAGAAUACACGUAUCAUGUGCUCCAACGAUGAUUUACACCAAAAAAAUCAAUCACAAUGGCAUAUUAUUUGCGGUCAGUUGCUGAAGGAACGUGAAGAAAAUCCUCAGUUACAGUUGAUCUAUGUUGACUUCACCUAUUGUUCAUACAGACUCAAUCAAAUCAUCAUUUUACCUACAACUCAAAAGAAAAAUAAUGUAAGCGCUCCACAAUCACUGGUAACGGCACCGCCAGAACGAUUAAAAAGUGAUGGAAGUCUCAAUAUUUUACUUCUUGGAGAAUCAGGUGUUGGUAAAUCGACUUUCAUCAAUGCUUUUGUUAACUAUCUGAAAUUCGAUAAACUCAAAGCAGCUGAGAAGAAUCCAGUUGUACUCAUACCUGUUUCAUUUGCUAUUACAAUUGAUGAUAAUUUUACAGAACAAGUAGUCAAAUUCGAGGGAAAUGAUACUUUAAGUAAUGAAGAUCAUGAUAAUCUUGGUCACUCAGUUACCCAACAUUGCAAAUCAUAUGUAUUAAUUCUCAAAGAUGGCAAUGAUUAUGGUCGAAAAUUGCGAAUUAUUGACACUCCUGGAAUAGGAGAUACAUAUGGCUCCGGCCAAGACGAUUAUUAUGUCCCAAAAUUAUCAAAGGGACAACAGCCAUUUGCUUAA